AUGAUAGGAGCAAUAGCUCUGAACUAUGCUGGCUUCAAUAUGCUAACCAACCCAUAUGGCUGGAUCAAGAGCUCAAUAGGGGGAUCUGGUGGAGCACUAGCAGACGCUUGGUUGAAGAGUCUUGGCCCUUUCACGAUGGUUAUCAUGAAUGUGGCAUUAAUCCAUAUGUUUUGUACAAUCGAGGCCUUUGUUUAUCUGUUCACAGGUUUCUUUGCAGCUUUUGCUACUUCCUUUGUAUACAUUUUAGUGCCGGAGGCCUCUCAAAUUGGAACAUAUAACAUGACGAGGCUUGUCUGGAUGCGGCAUUGGUUUUGGAAAAAGUUUAUAAAGGAAGGAGACUCAAAAUUCGUAAAGGAAGGAGACUCACGCUCGAAGCAGAGAGUAUAG